AUGUCGACGAAAGCCGAGCGCAAACAACUGGACGCAACCGUAGCCGCCUUUCAUGCCAACUAUGCUUCUCACCAAAACUGGGGCAACGAGAGGUGGUAUGGCUCUCUCUACCCGGCCCUCGCCAAACCUACGCGUUAUGCCGCCCUAGUGAACCAAUAUGUCCCUUAUUGCGAGUUCACCAAGGUCAUCGCACCAGUCUCAGGCGAGGACAUACGGCCAAUCCAGCUCCCCAAGCUGCCAUCAGACGCCGAGAAGAACGCAACAGCGCCGCAGCUCCUGCUCCUCGAGCGCGUUCCUCCGACAGCAUCAUCAGACGAACAAGACAGCAAACCCCCACCCAACCAAGCCGAGGUCUUCCUCUUCCCCACACCACAGCCCAUCCCCACCCCGUCAAACGGCGGAAAGGCCCUCCUUUCCCACUGGAACAUGGACGCCGCUUCCGCCCUUGGCGCGCACAUGCUCGCCGUCCGCCCGUACGACCGCGUCCUCGAUCUCUGCGCCGCCCCCGGCGGCAAAUCCAUCGCUUUGGCCCAGAUGAUCUUUCCGCACCUGCACGCCGCCUCGACUUCCACUCCCACUUCCCCAGCACCACCCGUCCAACCCGGCUGCCUGCACUCCAACGAAGUCGACGCCGGCCGCAACAAGCGCCUCGCCGCCAACCUCCGCGCCUACCUGCCGUCCACACUCUUCGCCAGAGGCGCGGUCCGCGUGCUCCGCCUGAACGGCGCCGACGGAUCGGGGCACGGCAACGGCGUGGCGGCAAUGAAGCUGCCGUGCGGGCCGGGCGGCUACGACCGCGUGCUGCUGGACGCGCCGUGCUCGUCGGAGCGCCACGUCAUCCACGCGCGCGAGGUGGCGCGGUGGCGGCGCGGGUCCGGCAAAGCGCUGGCGAGGCUGCAGGCCGAGCUGCUGAUGACGGCGCUGCGGGCGGCCAGGGUCGGCGGGCGCGUGGUGUAUUCGACGUGCUCGGUCGAGACGGGGGAGAAUGACGGGGUGGUGGAGAGGGUGGCCGCGGCGGUGGAGAAGGAGAGGAGGAGGUUCGGGUUGGGGUGGGGUGUGAGGUUUGAGUUGGGGAGUGUGCGGAGAAAGGAUGGGGAGGAGUUGCAGAAGGAGGCGGAUGAGGCGCUGGAGAGGCUGACGGAGGAGACGAAGUAUGGUAGGAUUGCCGUGCCUGAUCAUCCUGACGGUGGACAGUGGGGUCCGCUGUUUUUCUGCGUCAUCACGAAGGUCGCAUGGAAACCGUAA